AUGCUCGUCGCCGGCGGACUCCGCAUGUACCAGGAGCGGGGCGGGGUGAGGCACCGCGGAGGGGGUGCGGAGAGGCAAUGGGCGAGGCGGGGCGCGGCGUUGCCGCAAAGGCUGUGCCGCGAGGCGAAGGGUCGGUCAGAGGUGAAGGGCCAGUGGCCGCGGCCACCACAUUCGCUGCGCGCGCGGCACCUUCGCCACCUAGCCCUCCACCCCCACCAUCCGCUCUCCUCUCUCUCCUCCCCCCCUUCGCCAACCCCCACUUCGCCCCCGUCGCGCCCGCGAAUGGGAGAUAGCCGUGUCGGGCGCGGCACGCGGGGCGGCAUAGGCCGCAAUAACGCCUUGGGCGCGGUCGCCACGUCGUGCCCCGCCCCGCCCGCCCCGCCGCCCCGCCGCCGCGCCCCCGCCCCGCCCGCCCAGCCGCACGCCACGCCUCGCUUUCCCCUGUCCCGCUCCGCGUCGCACAGUGCUGAGACUGGAAUGCAUCAUCUCAACUCAUGCAUUCUCAUCAUAGCUGAUGUCAGGAAUGGCCUUUCUAUAUCUUCAAUUACCCUGCUCUGCUCGCUUAUUUAUUUACCAAACAAACAGUUUCCUCUUAAUAUUAUAAUGAUGAUAUUGCAGAAAAAUCUCAAUAACAUUUACUUUCAAAAUAUUUCGACCAUAGAUGUUUAUAUGAACCGCAUUUUCUUAUCUUCUAAAAUAUAUUGUCAGGGGAAAGAAAGAAUAAAAUUGUAUGAUUGUAAAAUUGUAUUCAGUAAAUGUAAAAAACUACGAUAUAAUGAAAAUGAAGUUCAUAAUAAUUCAUUUAUACCCAAAGGAAAAGAGGCCCCGCGGUCCCUGAAGGGCGGGGCGCAGGGCGUCUGGGAGGAAGACGGCGAGCGCUGCGGGGCCGAAGAUGCCAGAAGGGUGAGGCAGGGUGGGGCCGGGCCGGGCCGCGCCGGGCCGGAGCACGCACACAAGGAAAAGGCGCCGACCUCCGCUCUGCCGUCAGAUCCCCCACCCUCUGCCGUUGUCCCUGAUGUUCCACCGACGGCGCUGCCGCCAGAAGGCUGA